CAUCAUCCGAAGAGCCGAAGAAGGGGCCCAGGGCAAGAUACGCUAUAAAAUCGAGCGACGAGCGAAUGAUGAGCACAGUCCGUGAUAGGCAGUCAUGAGACGUUAUCAGGCAAUCAUCGGCCUCCUGGCCUUUUUGGUCCUAAGUACCUCCGCGGCAGAUUUCUACGCGUACCGCAAUGGGGUACCCUAUGAUGUCACGGGAACGCGUUCAAGAAGAGGCGUAGGGGGUACUUCGAGCGCCUUCAGCAGCGCCAGCAGUUCGUCAAGCGCAAACGCCUUCGGUAAUGGAGGCAGUUUCUCGAGCUCGAAUUCCCAAGCCACAGCAGGUGCAUCUGCAUCUGCAAAAUCGACUGCAAGUGCCAAUUCCGGAGGCGGAGGUUUCGCAUUCGACAACGGGCAAUUCGGCAGCGGCUACGGGGGUAGCGGUCACGGUGGAUUCGGCGGAUUCGGCGGAGGUCAUGGUGGAGGUGGAGGUGGAGCUGGAGCUGGAGGUCACGGGGGUGGCUUAGGAGGCCAUGGUGCCGGACUGGGAACCGGUAGUGGUGGAUAUGGAGGCGGCCAUUCCGGAUCCGGUGGGUUUGGUGGAGGCCAUGGUGGAUCUGGCGGAUUUGGAGGUGGCCAUUCCGGGUCCGGAGGAUUCGGCGGCGGUCACAGUGGUUCCGGAGGAUUCGGAGGUGGCCAUGGAGGUUACGGAGGCUACGAUGGUGCCAGUGAUGGAUUCGGAGCAGGGGGUACUGGAGCAGGAGGAGCGGGUGCUGGAAGUGGCGGCGUCGGCGUCGUGAAGACUGGAUCCAGUGCCAAUGCUGGAGGACUCGGUGGGGCUGGAGGAUUGGGAGGAGGUUACGGGGGUGGAUUGGGAGGAGGUCACGGUGGAGCAGGGGGUUGCGGGGGCAGCUCCUGCGGUUUGGGCACCGGUCAAGGAGGUGUCGGCGGUCUCGGAGGCAGUGGAUCCUUCGGGGGUGGUCAUGGAGGAUCGGGAGGUUACGCAGGAUCCGGGGCGAAUUCCGGAGGAUUCGGGGGUGCACAGGGAGGUGGACUCGGUGGAGGCCUUGGAGGUGGUCAUGGAGGAGCUGGAGGAGUCGGCCAUGGGGGUAGUGGAGGGUUCGGUGGGUCUGGAAGCGGAGGAUUCGGGGGUGGUUCGGGAGGAUUUGGGGGUGGUUCGGGAGGAUUUGGAGGUGGCUCUGGAGGAUUCGGGGGUGGAAGUGGAGGAGCCGGAGGUGGACUCGGUGGUGCGGGUGCAGGAUCGAAGUCUGGGGCAUCCGCAUCCAGUAACGCCAAUGCUGGAGCUGGUGCUGGAGGAUUCGGAGGUGGUGGAUAUGGAGGUGUAGGAGGAGGUGGACUCGGAGGUGGACACGGAGGUGGACUCGGAGGUGGACACGGAGGUGGACUCGCAGGUGGAGCUGGAGGGUGCGGUGGAGGCGCCUGCGGUCUUCAAAGUGGAAAUGGAGGCUGUGGAGGAGGCGCCUGCGGUCUUCAAGGUGGACACGGGGGUGUAGGAGGUGGAACAGGUGGAUUUGGAGGCGGCUUCGGGGGUGGAAACGCAGGUGCCCAAAGCAGCGCCAGUGCGAAUGCAAACGCGAACGCUGGAGCGGGAGCUGGAGGAUACGGCGGAGCUCCUGGAGGAUACGGCGGAGCUCCUGGAGGAUUCGACAUCUUCUCUCGAAUGGGCGACGUCGACGAGGGUGCCAACCAGAGCGGCAGCGUGACAGGUGCCAAAGGAGUUUACAGCAGCAGUUCUGCCAAUAUCGACUCCACCGGGAAAGGAACCUACAAAGUCAGUGCCGGAAAAAUCCAGUAAUUUUUCCCCCGCAAGAGAAUGAGUCCUAAGUGAGAGAAAUUGGAGAAUCGAAGAAAAGUCCUCUUCGUCAUCGAAAUCUGUCGCGAAUGUCAAGAAAUGGCAUUUCUGCGCUUUAACUUUUCUUUUCUAUUUUUUUUUCUUGUCCUCAAAACGGAAGCCUCGUCUUCGAGAUCGCUUCCCUCUUUUAUCUUUUUACCACGGACAAUUGUGACGAUUUGUAAUUAAUGCGCACCUUGGGCAGGAUGACCUCGAGUCAUCUCCCUGUUAUCAUCCCGAAGGAUGAUCCGUAGUAACGAAUGAGAUUACAGGAAGAUUUUCUGAUCACGAGAGACACUAUCCACCGCUUUUGCGAUGUACAUACUUAUGUCGACGUUGCAUUAUGAUAAGCGUUAAGGUUAAUAAACGAUUACCGUUGUGAUAAGAAA